AUGUCUUACGAACGUGAAGUGUUACCUACUAAUGUAACACCAGUACACUACAAUUUACAAUUUGAACCUAAUUUUCAAGAUUUCACUUUCAUUGGUUCCACCUCCAUUCAAUUGAGAGUUAAUGAUUCUUCCAUUGACUCUAUUUCCGUUAACACUUUAGAACUUGAAUAUGAGUCAGUUAAACUGAACGAUCAAAUUGAUAACACUGGAUUAGAAAUUGAUACUGAUAAGCAAGUUGCUAAAUUUUCUUUCCCUAAAGGUACUAUUGGUUCGCUAGCUACUAGUGAGGAUGCUAUGAUUACUUUAGAUAUCAAGUUCAAGGGUAUCUUAAAUGACCAAAUGGCUGGUUUCUAUAGAGCUAAGUAUAUGGAUCCUAAAUCUGGUGAAACUAAAUAUAUGGCAACUACACAAUUUGAAGCUACUGACGCCAGACGUGCAUUCCCAUGUUUUGAUGAGCCAAAUUUAAAGGCUACAUUUUCUGUUACAUUAGUCUCUGAAACUAAUUACACACACUUAUCUAAUAUGGAUGUUAAAGAGGAAUCAGUCAAUGAAACUGGUAAGAAAGUUACUGUCUUUAAUAUCACUCCAAAAAUGUCUACUUAUUUGGUUGCUUUUAUUGUUGCUGAAUUAGCAUAUGUGGAAAAUACUGAGUUUAGAAUCCCGGUUAGAGUUUAUGCUACACCAGGUACAGAAUGUAAAGGGCAAUACUCAGCUGAUUUAGCUGCUCAAACACUUAAAUUUUUUGAAUACACCUUUAAUAUUGAUUACCCAUUACCAAAAAUGGAUAUGGUAGCAGUUCAUGAAUUCUCUGCAGGUGCCAUGGAGAAUUGGGGGCUUGUCACUUAUCGUGUAGCUGAUGUAUUAAUUGAGCCUAGUGAAGCUUCUUUAGAUCGUCUCCAAAGAGUUGCUGAAGUUGUGCAACAUGAAUUAGCCCAUCAAUGGUUUGGUAAUUUAGUCACUAUGGAUUGGUGGGAAAGCUUGUGGUUAAAUGAAGGUUUUGCCACAUGGAUGUCUUGGUAUUCUUGUAACAACACCAACCCUGAUUGGAAAGUUUGGGAACAAUAUGUUGCAGAUAGUUUGCAACGUGCUUUGAGUUUGGACUCUUUAAGAUCAUCUCAUCCAAUUGAAGUUCCAGUUAAAAAUGCUGCUGAGAUUAAUCAAAUUUUUGAUGCUAUUUCCUAUUCCAAGGGUUCUUCUGUGUUAAGAAUGGUCUCUAAAUGGAUUGGUGAACAUUAUUUCAUUAAGGGUGUUUCUGAGUAUUUAUGUAAAUAUCAAUAUGAUAAUGCUAAAACAGAGGAUUUAUGGAGAUAUUUAUCUCUUGUUACAGGUAAGGAUGUCACAAGUGUAAUGAAUGUUUGGACCAAAAAAGUUGGUUUCCCGGUUGUUAGAGUAGAUGAAACUGAAGAUGGUAAAAUUACCUUGACUCAAAAUCGAUUUUUAUCUACUGGUGAUGUCAAACCAGAAGAUGAUGAAAUUAUUUUCCCAGUACUUUUAUCUUUAAAAACUAGUGAAUGUGUUGAUGAAUCUUUGAUAUUUAAUAAGAGAACUGAAACAUUCGAAAUUAAUAAAGGUGAUAAUGAUUUCUUCAAAAUUAAUGGUGAUCAAAUUGGUACUUACAUUACAUUAUAUUCUGAUGCAAGAUGGAAAAAAUUGGGAGAACAAAGAGAAUUGUUAUCAGUUGAAGAUCGUACAGGUCUUGUUGCUGAUGUUAAAUCAUUAGCUGCGUCUGGUUACACUUCCACUGUUAAUUUCUUAGAUUUAAUUUCUCAUUGGAGAGAAGAUGAAUCUUUUGUUGUUUGGAAUCAAAUUAUAAAUAGUAUUACUGCCUUACAAAAUACUUGGAUUUUUGAACCAUCUGAAAUCAAUGAUGCUUUAUUAAGAUUUGUUCUUGAUUUAGUCUCCAAAAAAGUUCACGAAUUGAAAUGGGAUUUCUCUGAUGCUGGUAAUAAUUCCAACAACAAUAAUGAUUACACAUUACAAAAAUUGAAGGUUACUUUAUUUGGUGCUGCAUGUGCAGCUAAGGAUUCAGAAGUUCUUGCUGCCGCAAAAGAGAUGUUCAAUAACCAAGUUUCUGGUAAAAUGUCUAUUCCAUCUGUCAUUAAGCCAAUUGUUUUUACUGCUAUUGCUAAGAAUGGUAGUGUACAAGAAUAUGAGAUUUUGUUAAACAUUUAUAAGAACUCAUCUAAUACAGAUGAAAAGCUAGCAGCUUUGAGAUCUCUUGGUGCAUUCAAGGAUCCUGCCUUGAUUGAAAGAACUUUAAGUUAUCUAUUAGAUGGUACUGUUUUGAAGCAAGAUAUUUACACUCCAUUAGUUGGUUUAAGAACUCAUCCUGAAGGUAUUAAGGCUAUGUGGAAAUGGGCACAAGAGAACUGGGAUGAGAUAGUCUCUAGAUUACAACCAGGUUCGCCAGUAUUAGGGCAUGUAUUAACCUUAACUACGAGUGGAUAUACUUCUACCGAAGCCGCUGAUGAAAUUGCUUCCUUCUUCGCAUCCAAGGAUACACGCGGUUAUGAUCAAAGUCUUGCCCAAGCAUUAGAUGCCAUCAAGGCUAAAGCUCAAUGGGUUAAGAGGGAUCGUGAAGUUGUUUCUAGCUACCUAAAACAGAAUGAGUAUUUGAAAUAA